CAUAAAACACUACAACAUCAGAUAUUUAGUAGCCUCCUCUCUCUCUUUCUCUUUCACCAGAUUAGAAAAUUUAUUAGCUUUCACUUUCUAUUCUAAUUAUAAUCUUUUUCUUUUUCUAAUCUCUUUACAAAGUUGCUGGCAAUCUUGCUGGUAUCAUCGUCUUUCAGUUUACAUACUGGUAGUUUAACAGGGUAUGAAUGAAUUAAUAAAUGAAACUCUUCAGUACUUUUCAUUAAGUCCUCCAACACGCCUCCACCAUUUCUGAUCGGAGGUCUGAAAGAUGGACAAGGCCAGAUUGGAUUUAAGAUUUCAGCACUCAGGAUCAUCCCAGUCUGAGGAAUCUGUUUUAGAUUUGGAAAGAAACUAUUGUAAUAUUCCUAAUCUGCCUUCAUCGAGUCCAUCACCGCUUCAACCUUUUGCAUCGUCUGGUCAGCAUUCUGAGAGUAAUGCAGCCUACUUCUCCUGGCCUACAUUAAGUCGAUUACAUGACGCAGCAGAAGAUAGAGCUAAUUAUUUUGGAAACCUCCAAAAAGGAGUUCUCCCUGAAACUCAUGGACGGUUGCCAACAGGGCAGCAAGCUACCACAUUGCUUGAACUGAUGACUAUUAGAGCAUUUCAUAGCAAAAUCUUACGUCGGUUUAGCCUUGGGACAGCAGUUGGGUUUCGCAUUCGAAGGGGUGUUUUGACUGACAUACCAGCUAUUCUUGUAUUUGUUGCUCGGAAAGUUCACAGGCAAUGGCUUAGCCCUGUACAGUGUCUACCUGCUGCCCUUGAGGGCCCAGGAGGAGUAUGGUGUGAUGUAGAUGUUGUGGAAUUCUCAUAUUAUGGUGCACCAGCUCCAACUCCUAAGGAAGAACUAUAUACUGAGCUUGUAGAUGGCUUGAGGGGAAGUGACCUAUGUAUUGGUUCUGGUUCUCAGGUUGCUAGCCAAGAAACAUAUGGAACCUUGGGUGCUAUUGUUAGAAGCCGAACAGGAAAUCGACAGGUUGGUUUUCUUACAAAUAGACAUGUUGCUGUUGAUUUAGACUACCCAAAUCAGAAAAUGUUUCAUCCUUUGCCGCCCAGCCUUGGACCUGGGGUUUAUCUUGGUGCUGUGGAGAGGGCAACGUCCUUCAUCACAGAUGAGCUUUGGUACGGUAUCUUUGCAGGAACAAAUCCAGAAACAUUCGUCCGAGCAGACGGAGCCUUCAUUCCUUUUGCGGAUGAUUUUAAUCUCAGCAACGUAAUUACGUCCAUAAAAGGUGUGGGUGAGAUCAAUGAUGUUCAUAACAUAGAUUUGCAGUCUCCAAUUAACAGUCUCAUUGGCAAGAAAGUGAUCAAAGUGGGAAGAAGUUCUGGUCUGACAACUGGGACAAUAAUGGCCUAUGCUCUUGAAUAUAAUGAUGAGAAAGGGAUUUGUUUUUUCACGGAUUUUCUUGUUGUGGGUGAGAACCAGCAGACUUUUGACCUUGAAGGUGAUAGUGGAAGUCUCAUUCUCUUGAAGUGUCAGAAUGCAGAGAAGCCACGGCCUGUUGGGAUCAUUUGGGGUGGGACAGCUAAUCGUGGUCGGUUGAAACUAAAAGUUGGUCAACCUCCAGUGAAUUGGACCAGUGGAGUUGAUCUUGGGCGCCUUCUUGACCUCCUUGAACUUGAUCUCAUCACGACCAAUGAAGGGUUUCAAGCUGCAGUGCAAGAUCAAAGAAACGCUAUUGACUCUACAAUUGGGGAGUCACCCCACCCUGAACGGGUUCCACCCAAAGAUCAGGAAAACUUUGAGCCUCUUAAUUUAAACAUCCAGCAAGUUUUGGUUGAUGGUGAAACUCAGCACGCAUCAUUCAUUACCCCGGAGUUUCAUAUAGAUGGGAUUGAAACAUCUCCCAAGGUGGAACAUCAGUUCAUUCCAAGUUUUACGGGUAGAUCUCCAAUGCACCAAAACAACCAACCAGAAAAUCUUGAGUUAAAAAGCCUCUCGCAAUUGAGGAAUGGUCCCGAUGAAGAGAUUUAUGUCUCAUUACGGUUAGGUGAGUCAGAGCCAAAGAGAAGAAAGCAUUCUGGAACUUCCUUUAGUAUUGAAGAACCAAAAUGAAUGGGAGAAAUGCAUUAUACUGCUUGGUUAAAUCAUGGAUGAGGUCAGGAAUUAUUUUUAUCUGUUCUGGCUUCAGAUUGCUUGGGGCUUCAAGUUCUAAAUUGGAAAUAUCUCAGAAGCGUCAGAAUCCAAAUUCCUCCAAGAACUGAAGGUGAAUGCCUUAAAAUGGGAUGAACCAUCAUUCUUUUUUAUUGCAUGUUUUGUUCAAGUUUACAGUGGUAGGCUACAUAUGAAGUUUAUACAAUAUUUAGUAGAAAAAUUGUCUAGGCAAUAGUUAUUUGAUUUAUAUCACCCUGUUAAAAUCGAUGUACCAUAAAGCACUCCUGAAGUGGGAGUAUGAACAGCUAUCAGAAGAAGGUAGAAUGUUUAGUUUUGGUAAGGAAAUUGGUAAAGGGGCUUAUCAGGAGCACCAUACCAUUAAGUCUCUCAAUUUCAUGUGGAAUGGUUAAUACUAAGACUUGAAGGAAACAACCAAAUUCUUGUAGUCUAUUGGAUAUCAAGCAUGGUUCUAAUAAUAUGUUUCUCUUUACGUGUA